AUGGAGGAGACGGUGCGGACACUUCUUCAGAACCAGGACUCCCUGGAGGGCCCCAAGGUGGACCCACUGGACCUUAUGAAAGCAUACAAGGACAAACUCCUGGAGGAAAUGUGGAAGCAGCAGGACAGUUUAGAGGGUCCUACAGCCACAGCAGCAGAAAUGCCCACCUCGCCUGAGGCCAGCGGUGGAUCUGAGGAAAAUUCAAAGGACAGCAAUCCCCUGCUAGAGCGACUCAGAGCCCUUGAGGCGGAGAACUCGGCUCUGUCGAUUGAAAAUGACAAUCAGAGGAAGCAGUAUGAACGCUGUCUGGAUGAGGUGGCUAACCAGGUGGUUCAGGCCCUCCUCACACAGAAGGACUUGAAAGAAGAAUGCGUGAAGCUGCGGACCCGUGUGUUUGACCUGGAGCAGCAGAACCGCAUACUGAGUGUGCUGUUUCAACAACGUGUCAAAAUGUCCACGGUUCCUGUCUCCCAGGAGGUGCAAAGAAAUGGAAAAGCAGGUAUUCCUGCAGGAAGGUGGCCCAGCCUGCUGAGCCUAACAUGCCCACGCAGCAGCGGUAGUGGCAGUGGCAGUGAAUUGUCAUUAUCCAGUGCUGGUAGUGAUCACUCCAGUGGCUCUCAUACUUGGGCAGAAGGACGUGGCAUCUCAAAGCAGUGUGCCACGAGCCGGGACAAAAGGAUGAGUACAGGUUCAGUAUCCAGCAAUCAUUCAGCACCCUUGGAGCCGACAGAGAUGGGAUGGAAGGAAGGCCACAUUCUGAAAGGCCUAAAGCGUCUCCAAAUGUCCAGCUCAAAAGAGGGUUCUGCAAAUGCAUCUAUGAUGAUUCAUCUAAAUUACAAAGUAGGGACUCCAGUGGGCAACCAACACAGGAGCUUCUGUGCUUAG